AAAGAAGAAAAAGAAAAUAGAGACGACUUUUUGGAGUUUCAAUAUCACCAACUGGACACAGGAGAGAAUUAGUAAUAGCAUGACUAAGCCGCCUCUAUUGUCAAAUCCAAUCACUCUCGAAUUUCUAUAAACCAAGAUCCUCCUUUUUUCUGCUUCUGCUUCUGCAGAUUAGAGAAGACGCAAGAAAAUCAAAAUGGGGUGUGGCAAUUUGUUCUUCACGAUUCUGAUAACCUUCUCAGUGGCCCUGAUAACAUACAACAUCAUCAUCUCAGCGAAUGCCCCUCUGAAGCAAGACUUUCCAGGGCCUUCUCGCCCUUCAAUUAAGGUGGAUCCCCUCAUCAAGAUGCCACUCCACAGAUCAUCAUCUUCUGAGGCCAAGAAGAGGCUUUUCCACACUGCGGUCACUGCCUCUGACUCUGUCUACAACACGUGGCAGUGCAGAGUAAUGUACUUUUGGUACAACAAGUUCAAGGAUGGGCCUGAUUCUGGGAUGGGUGGCUUCACUCGGAUCCUUCACUCUGGGAAGCCUGACCAGUUCAUGGAUGAGAUCCCCACCUUUGUUGCUCAGCCUCUGCCUGCUGGCAUGGAUCAGGGUUACAUUGUCCUUAAUAGACCAUGGGCAUUUGUACAGUGGCUUCAACAAGCAGAUAUCAAAGAAGAUUACAUAUUGAUGGCAGAGCCAGAUCAUAUAAUUGUCAAACCUAUACCCAACUUAGCCAGAGAUGGGCUAGGAGCUGCAUUCCCUUUCUUUUAUAUUGAGCCUAAGAAGUAUGAAACAGUGCUAAGGAAGUAUUUCCCCGAGGAGAAGGGACCAAUAACCAAUAUUGAUCCAAUUGGGAAUUCACCUGUUAUUGUUGGGAAGGAAUCACUUAAGAAGAUUGCUCCCACUUGGAUGAAUGUUUCCCUGGCAAUGAAGAAAGAUCCUGAAACCGAUAAAGCUUUUGGAUGGGUGCUUGAAAUGUAUGCUUAUGCUGUUGCAUCUGCUCUUCAUGGUGUUGGAAACAUAUUAUACAAGGACUUCAUGAUUCAGCCUCCAUGGGACAAAGAAAUUGGCAAGACAUACAUAAUUCACUACACUUAUGGUUGUGACUAUUCAAUGAAGGGUGAGCUAACCUAUGGAAAGAUUGGAGAAUGGAGGUUUGAUAAAAGAUCUUAUGAUAAAGUUGCUCCUCCAAAAAAUCUGACAUUGCCGCCACCCGGUGUUCCAGAAAGUGUGGUGACUCUCGUAAAAAUGGUGAAUGAGGCUACAGCAAGUAUUCCAAAUUGGUGGUCAUAGGAGCUCUAAAAGUGGUUACAAAUCGUUGGAGAAUACCUUGAAGUUGAACCUAUGGCCAUUUCACAUGGUGGAAGGAAAUUAAUUGUACACGUCACUGCUUUGUAUUUAUCUAAUUCUUCGUAUAUAGUUGUGGCUUGCACGUGAGACAAACCUGUGGUGUGUCACGGGUGCUUUGACAGAAUGCUUGCGUUCAGCUGCUGCUAUUAUAUGAUUUCUUAUUAAAACUUCAUUCACCUUAAUUUCAUUAAUCCUGAAGGCAUUCCCGA